GCAAGGGGUCGCUCAAAAAGAACCAAGAAUAAUACAUAACAAAUAGGACCCAGAGGGCACCCGUGUGCACCGGAAGUGGUUUCAUCUGUUUUAUUUUUAACGAGCGGCAGGUUUUUCCUCUCCUUCAUUCAGCACAAGGUUUUUUUAAUUUUUUAAAUAAGUAACCUUAUCGGAGAAAGGACCGAACAUUUCAACAGAAAUGUUUUACCAUAUUUCUCUGGAGCAUGAAAUCUUGCUUCAUCCGAGGUAUUUUGGUCCUAAUCUCCUCAACACCGUGAAGCAGAAGCUUUUUACAGAGGUGGAGGGAACCUGCACUGGGAAGUAUGGCUUUGUGAUUGCAGUCACCACCAUUGACAAUAUUGGGGCAGGUGUAAUUCAGCCAGGGAGAGGGUUUGUCCUCUAUCCUGUCAAAUACAAGGCCAUUGUAUUCCGUCCAUUUAAAGGGGAGGUAGUGGAUGCAGUGGUCACUCAGGUUAACAAGGUUGGAUUGUUCACAGAAAUUGGUCCCAUGUCUUGCUUCAUCUCUCGCCACUCCAUCCCAUCAGAGAUGGAGUUUGACCCCAACUCUAAUCCACCUUGUUAUAAGACAGUUGAUGAGGACAUUGUCAUCCAGCAAGAUGACGAGAUCCGGUUAAAGAUUGUGGGAACAAGAGUGGACAAGAAUGAUAUUUUUGCCAUUGGAUCCCUCAUGGAUGAUUAUCUGGGUCUUGUGAGCUGAUUUGCCACAGAAGGAGCACAUUUUACAUAGAACUGUAUAUCUACUAGCUGAGUUAUUUUUUUUUGUUAAAUUUAAUAUCUUUCUCUCUGAUUGGCAUGGCAGGUAGAAGCCCAAUUACUUCAUCACUUGACUUACACACUGUACAGCAGACAUUUGUAGGUUUUAUGUUUUUGACCUGGCAUGGAAAAAUGUGAAGCCAGCAGAAUGUGUGGCUGAAUUAAAAGCAAAGAUAGUAUAGCCCACAUUUUUUUUUUGCUAAAGUUUCUUUAAUUUCCAACCUAUUUCCAUUCCAACUAUGGUGUUUUUUUGUCAUUUUUGUAGGUGAGCUAUGUAAUAAAACAUUUGUAUUUGUUCAUA